AUGGAUUCGCUUUCAUCUGCAUCUGAUCAGAUAACCGAAGACUCUGAAGAAUGUAAUUUAACUCAACGUAAACCGCUAAUCCCAGAGAAACAACCAUUAUUCCCUGGUUCUUCUUGUAUCAUGGACGAUAAGGUUUUAGUCAAUAUUAUACGUCGAGAAAUACAGCAGUCUGUGACGGAGGCUGUUGAAUCAGCCGUCAAGAUGUAUUUUUCUAAGGAGUUCGAUGAAAUUAAAAGCGAAUUGGCUACCUUACGAGAAAUCGGUAAAAGUUUGGAAUUUCUUAGCUCUCAAUAUGACUGA